AUGGGAAAAAACAGUAAAGCUGAACAAAUACAAUCAGUCAAACAACAAUUUUUCCUAACAAAAAUAUUUCUUUUCAGUUUCUCUGAGCAAAAAAAAGUUGAAACGUUGUUCAAUUUGCUAAUUACAACAAAGAAAGAUAAAAGAAAUGGAAAAGUCUGA